CCCUCCAGCUCGCCCAGCUUGGCCCGCAAGUCCUUGUUCUGCCUCUCCAGCUGCUGGCGCGCAUUUUCACUCUUCUGGGCCAUGCUGCGCUCUGCCACAAGCUCCAGGGUCAGGAUGUCCACCUGGGGGAGGAGAGGGGGAAGAGAGAGGUGGAGAGAGGAAACAGGGAAUGAAGGAGAGAGGGGAAAGUGAGAGAGAGAUAAGAGUACUUUUUAUGGUAGGGCUGAAUAAUGGAUUGUUCCCUGGUGGUAGUAGGAUCUACAAUCUACUCUGCGAGAACAAAUGAUGCUUUGCAUUUAUGUCAGAUCCAUCUGUGUUAAGGUGCUCCUAACAGUAUUUGCUGAUGAAGACAGCUUGUCGGUCGGAAAGGUUGGAUAUUAGGUUAUUAAAUUGAGUCUGCGCUAGUGUGUGCAGCUCUCCUUUUCAAAGGUCCUCCUAACAACCAUUGCAAAGCUAUGUUCGAUCUGUAUCAGACCAGAGUCAACUGAAGUGGAAUAGGCAUUUUACAUUCCAUAAUUGUAGCGAUUCUCCUCGUAGGUGGAAGGAGGAGAGGACCAAAGCACAGCAUGGUAAGUGUUCAUCUUAUUUAAUGAUGAAAGAACACUUGAAAAUACAAAACAACAAAGUGAAAACUGAAACAGUUCUGUCUGGUGCAGACACACAAAGACUGAAAAUAACCACCCACAAAACACAAAGGAAAACAGGCUACCUAAAUAUGGUUCUCAAUCAGGGACAACGAUUGACAGCUGCCUCUGAUUGAGAACAAUAUCAGGCCAAAUACAGAAAUAGAAAAUCCUAGAAAAACUAACACAGACAACCCACCCAACUCACGCCCUGACCAUACUAAAACAAAAGACAAAACAAAGGAACUAAGGUCAGAACGUGACAAUAAUAAAAUGUUACUCUAAAGUAUCUUAAGAAGAUAGAAGCUAAUAAAUAUGUUUUAUGUUUACUGUAUAUUGUAUAGGCUGUAAAUGUGUCUUUACGUUUGUCUAUUAAUGGCAGCACCAAUUCAUCGAGUCAAAUUCUGUGAAUGUGUGAAUGUAGGCCACUUGGCCAAUAAAAGUUGUUUUGAUUCUGAUAGACAGUAACUAUACUUUGAAUCUCCUAGUCUCUUCCCAUACCCCAUACAAUCACGCGUCAGUGGCCCAGGGAGCGUGGGAGAAAGAUAACCCAAUUUGUAUAUUUUAUGAAAUAGGAAUAACUCUGAAUACACGAUCAAUUCAUUUUGUAAAUUAUUUUUCAACAUUUUGGUGUGUGUGAUUUGUUUACUAUUUAUGCUGGUAACGCGUAGUCAGGCGCAUCAUAAUUUGGUUUAUGACAUCACAAUGUGAAAUGGGCAACAUAUUUUGAUGUUCUGCCAAAUAAGGCACAGUCUACAAAUACACUGAAAUGGGAUGUUUGUGUUGCUGUAAAAAGGUAUGUGUCAAAUCUGGGCUAGAAUUUGUCUAAUUCUGUUACAAUUUAGAGUAAAUUCUAUUCUUUUCAGCUAUUCCUAGUUGUUUCAUUGUCUAUUUAUGUGUCCCAAAUGGCAGGAUUUGGGACAGAGGGUAUAACUGUAUGGUUACAAUGGUUUUAUUUUUAUAAACAUGUAUUUUUGCUAUUUGUUAGCCUAUGAUACAGAAUUCAAUAUGAUUGGGCGACGAGUUCUUUAUUUUAUGGUCAAAUCAUGUGGUUUGGGUGUGACAUUUGCUGCUAGUUCAAAUAUAACAUAUAUAAUGUUUCUCCAAACAGAAAAAGAAGUGCAGAGUUCGCCUCGGGAUUGGGAGCCGCUGUCCAUCGCCGUUCCCAAUCCCACCCAAACUGACGUCAUUGGAUGCCAGCAUGGUAACUGCAUCAGUUUGGAAAAACCGGGAGAAGAAGAACGUAAAGGAUCACCACCAACUUGAUUCUUCCUUUGUCUCUUCUUUCCAUUUGAAACCGUCUACAACAUCUCUGACGCCCCUCGACCCCUUGUCUGGCCGAACACCAAUCGGUACUCCCUCACCCCCUCACCCCUGGAUCCCCUGUCAGAUCCCCUUCCACUCUCUUCAAGUUCUUCGGCCUCUCUUCACUCUCCUCUCUCCACAUGUCAUCUCUCUCUUCUUCUUCUCCUUCUUCUUCAGUGGAAGGAUCACAGACCUCCUCCCCUUUUAGUGCUUCUUCUGUUUCCCUGGCUGUCUCAACUCAGUUUUCCUCCUCCUCCCCUGCCCCCCAGUCCUCCUCUCCAAACCCCCUGGACCACCAUGGAGAGACCAACAAAGACAGUGAGACUGCCAGAGAUCUUAUGAGCUCUGAGGUCAAAGAGGUGGUGGCAGUUGUUCCACAGACAAAGAGAAUGGUACCCCUACUUGCUGGCAUCGCAGAGGCCUCCAUUGACCUGAAGGCUUCCUCUGUCUCCUUGGAGAGGUAAGUACUGUAGACAAUAGCCACCUUCAUCUCACUCAACUCUACAUAAGGUGGUCACUCACACCAUGACAUGGUAAGGAAUAUCUGUAUGCCUGUACAUUAAAACAGUGUUCAAACAGACCGAUUGGUGUUGAGCUACUGCUACUGAGGCCUCUACCCUGUCUCUCUUCCUCCAGGCCAUUGGUCAGGUCUCGGGAAGCCAUGGCUUGCCUCCCCAACCUGGUCUGCAAGAGUAGCACCCAGUUGGGGGAGCAGAGCUGCACAGGCGAGGGCGAAGACAACACCAAGCUCCUCGGGUUGCCUAAUAUUGGCAACACCUGCUUCAUGAACUCUGCUCUGCAGUGCCUGCUGGGGCUGCCAGCAUUUUGCAGAGACAUCCUGAGACAGCAGAACAUCUGGAGUUCCUCCCCCUCCUCUAAACUGCUAUGCUGCUUUGCCAAGUUACAUCAGGCCAGGCUUUCUGGAGGCACUGUUAAUGCUAAGAACAAGGAAAAUAAAAAAAUCCUUCAAACAGUCAAGCGCUGUCUUUCCGUUGUCAAUGAGGACUAUGAGGAAGACUAUGAACAGUUGUAG